AUGACAGACAAAAAGGUCAGAUUUGAACAAAGUUUAACCAUUUUAAAGUAUUUUAAAGUAUUUAUUACUAGUUAUAGCAUCAUGACGACAGCUAUUCCAUGCCAUGUUACUGCCGAGUUACCUGAAACGGUGGAUGAGCGCAUUCAAGCAGCAGCCAUGAAACGUCAGUCGUUGGAGGAUUUACGCCAUGCCCAGCUUACAGAGAAACUCGGACAUUUACCGUCAGCAACUGCAGCUUCAGAUACUGCUCAAGCUACUCCUUCUACCUAUGUAGCCUUGUUUCAACCUCCAGAACACAACUCGCCAGCAUCAGAUAGACACGAAGCGGUUCUUCAACGUCGUCGUGACAUGGAAGAGCACCGAGCCAUUGCAUUAGAUGAACAAAUGAAGAUCGAAGAAAGUCGACAAAACCAUGCAGUAGAAUUACGCAAAGAUGCACUAGAAGAGAAACGAAAUGCUGCUCACGCUUCUUUGGAGGAUGUAUCAAAAGCGUAUAGUCGACAUCUUGAAAAAGUGAACGAGUUGGCCAAGACAUUGGAGACGACGGAUGCUCCCGAGUCGUCGUUUGGAAGUAGUCAUUUUACUACGUCGACUCAAGAUCUACGUGGUUCGAGUAUCAUGAGCUUCAAUCCUUAUGGUCCUAUUGUGGAUGCUAGAAUGGAAGCAGUGGCAGCACGUAAAUCAUCCAUCAAUGAUUUACUGGCAAUGGAACAUGGCCUUGAAGGUGAAAUGAUGGAACUCAAACAAGAUCUUGCUGAUUUUCGUCGUAAAGAAGCCCUGGAUGCCAUUCGUGCCCAGGCUCAUUCAUCCAUUGAUGAUGUCCAAGGCAAGAUACGCCAUGAACUCUAUGAAAAAAUGACAGAGAGUGAAAGAAAUGCAGCUCAGCAUUCUCAAGAACUCAAAAUGGAGUUGGCAGGAGCAAUGCGACAAGAUCAUUUGUUGAAAAUCAAGGAGAAGCAGACUCUGUUACGACAUGAAAAUUCUUGUCCAAUGUUUUCAUCCACUUCUGGACAGGCUGGAAGUGCAAGGUCUGCAUUUGCAACCACUCCCAGUGCUGCCAAUAGGAAUGGCAUUCUUACUGAACCUCUUGAAAAGAGUCCUUAUGGUCCCGAGUUCUAUGCAGGCAAAGUCAACAACAACAGCAAUAGCAGCAUCAGUUCUGCUAACAAUCCUUACAGUCAGUCUUCUGUCCUUCCCAGUACAGUUGGCAUGUCUUGGAAUCGUAGAAUAAGUCCUGCUGUUGGCAGUGACUACUCGACACAACAGUCGACUCAUUUGAACAAUAGAACCACCAAUGAUAGUAGUCAUGGUGCAUACAUGCCAUCACUGUUUUUAGAUGCCUUGGGUGGAGGAAGAAGGCCUGCAGUGAGUAAAACACCUCCUCAUCCACACAACAGACAACAGUCUUACAAUGGAAACAGUGGACACUUGAACUCCAACACUCCAGCGUCUACUCCCAUGUCUGCCUCCACUCCCAUGUCUGCAUCUCGGCUUCGUAAUCAGUCAUGCUCUCGCUCUCCUCCACCAACGUAUUGGUCAUCUGGACUUGGUGAAGUUCAUUCUCCUACUCAUGGUAUGGGAAAACUCUAUACAGGAAAUGGGUCUUCUGUCUUGGAUGAUGAAGCUCCACCCACUCAGUCACUGUUUGGUAUAGUGCCAGGCAAACUCUCGGUUAGAAUUAAUAGUAACACUGCAAAACCAUCCAAUAUGGACUCGACAGACUCGGCUGGUAUCAAGCGAUCUAAAUCUAUAACCAUGUCUGGAUCUUCCCAAUCCAAGUCGGCUCAUUCUGCUUCUCCAUCACUGCGAGGUAGAUCUGCCUUUUCGUCUACACAUCAUUCUCCCAUGGCUGUCGAUUCGCCCGUGUCGUACUCUCCUGCUCCACAUACCCCCUCACCACCCGUUGCGAAUGCAAAUGUUAUUACUCUAAUCGGAAUCCCAUCUGCUGUAUCCAAUCAAGUCAUUGAUCACUUUAAAAGUUUUGGAACUGUUCAAGCCAUUCGCACAAGUGACAAGAAUGUUGGGAAUUGGAUCGUGAUUCAAUACACGCUUGCUUCUGCUGCUAAACGAGCUGUCGAGGAAGAUGGAAGAGUGGUUGAAGAGUCGUGGAUGUUGGUGGUAAAACCUGGUGAUGUGUUUGGUGUUAUGGCUACAGGAACCAGUGGUGGCAAGCAUGGAUCCACAGCUUAUUCACAUCGAUCCUUGACGCUUGCUUCGCACAAACCAGGUGGAUUGGUCGGAGUCUUUGAAGCCUCUCAUGAUAGUCCCAAAACAUCAACGUUUCCCAGUACUGAUUCAAAACCACAUAUCAAGUCAUUGUCAUUAGAACUUGAUAGUAUCAGUCCAUUUGAAAGUGAAUCGUUGUCUUUAAAUCAACGCAAUCUGCCAUCAUCUGCUCAUGUUCAAUCCACUCUAGCCAACCCGUCGAAACGGUUUGUUCAACCUUCCAACUCUACACUUGGACUAGUCGAUACAGAUGACAAUACUCCUACCCAUCCUAUUGAAACUAACCGAGUAUCUGGUAUGGCCUCGCCUGAAUCGAGUGCAUUGGGCGUAAAACAUAUUGCUGUUCGAUCUGAUGCCUAUCGUGGCGAUAUGCGUGGAAUCGCAUCCGAGGAAGAUGAUUCUGCAUUUGCUGCCAAACCUGCUGGAAUUUUCAGUCGCAUUUAUGAUCUAGUUGUAGGAUGGUAAUACCGAAUUAAAUAAAAGCAUUCAACAAAAAAAAGGUUGAAGAAAUACUGGAUCGAGUAGAUCUGUUCUUU